GGCCAAAUAGCUGGCAUUCUACCCUCCGCCCAGCUCGUCCCCUCUUGUGACUGUUGGGAAGUCUCUGGCUGAGUCAUGCCUCAGCUCCCCAAGGGCCACUUAGAAGUGUUCACAGACCUGUGACUGCCUGAGAGCCUGCAGCCACCCUCCCUGUCCCUGCCUCUCUUAGGUGAGUGCCUUGUGGGCCUGCCCACAGGCCUGGGCAGGGCAGAGCUGGGCAGGGCAGGGGUGGAGUAGGACCUGCUUCUGCCCUGCGACAGUGCUGGGCCCCUGAGCGGAACCCAAGAAUUCUUGACUCCUCGGGACUGUCAUAUGGCUCCAAAGCGCAAGCCCCCGCCACAGCCUGCAGGCCCCCAGAAGAAGGGGCGCCCAGAGGCAGGCGAGGAAGACAGCUUCCGCUCCACCGCCGAGGCCCUCAGGGCCGCGCCCACAGAGAAGCGCGUGAUCCGCGUGGACCCCACCUGUCCACUCCGCCACAACCCCGGGACCCAGGUGCACGAGGACUACGAUUGCACCCUGAACCAGACCAACAUCGGGAGCAACAACAACAAGUUCUACAUCAUGCAGCUGCUGCAGGAGGGCGCUGGCUUCGCCUGCUGGAACCGCUGGGGCCGCGUGGGCGAGAUGGGCCAGUCGAAGAUCAGCCACUUUGAAAGCCUGGCAGAUGCCAAGAAGGACUUUGAGAAGAAAUUUCGGGAGAAGACCAAGAACCACUGGGCGGACCGGGACCGCUUUGUGGCCCACCCUGGCAAGUACACGCUCAUCGAAGUGCAGGGAGAGGACGAGGCCCAGGAGGCCGUGGUGAAGGUGGAUGGAGGCCCAGCAAGGCCCGGGGCUAAGCGGGUGCAGCCCUGCUCCCUGGACCCCGCCACGCAGCAGCUCAUCACCAACAUCUUCAGCAAGGACAUGUUCAAGGACAGCAUGGCCCUCAUGAACCUGGAUGUGAAGAAGAUGCCCCUGGGAAAGCUGAGCAAGCAGCAGAUCGCGCGCGGCUUCGAGGCCUUGGAGGCCCUGGAGGCGGCCCUGAAGGACCCCGGGGACUGCGGCCGGAGCCUGGAGGAGCUGUCCUCCCACUUCUACACCGUCAUCCCGCACAACUUCGGCCGCAGCCGGCCCCCUCCCAUCAACUCGCCCGAGCUGCUUCGGACCAAGAAGGACAUGCUUCUGGUGCUGGCGGACAUCGAGCUGGCCCAGACCCUGCAGGCGGCCCCCGAGGAGCAGAGGGUGGAGGAGGUGCCGCAUCCGCUGGACCGCGACUACCAGCUUCUCCGCUGCCAGCUGCAGCUGCUGGACCCCCGGGCGCCGGAGUACCAGGUGAUCCGCACCUACUUAGAGCAGACUGGCAGCCAGCACAGGUGCCCCACUCUUCAACACAUCUGGAAAGUGAACCGAGAAGGGGAGGGAGACAGGUUCCAGGCCCACUCCAAGCUGGGGAACCGGAGGCUGUUGUGGCAUGGCACCAACGUGGCCGUGGUGGCCGCCAUCCUCAGCAGCGGGCUCCGCAUCAUGCCACACUCCGGCGGCCGCGUGGGCAAAGGCAUCUACUUCGCCUCGGAGAACAGCAAGUCGGCGAGCUAUGUUACUGGCAUGCAGUGCGGGCCCCACUACGUCGGCUACAUGUUCCUGGGCGAGGUGGCACUGGGCAGAGAGCACCACAUCACCACGGACAGUUCCGGCCUUAAGCGUCCACCCCCUGGCUUCGACAGUGUCAUUGCCCGAGGCCACACAGAGCCAGACCCGACCCAGGACACUGAGGUGGAGCUGGAUGGCCAGCGAGUGGCUGUGCCGCAGGGCCGGCCCGUGCCCUGCCCACAGUUCCGCAGCUCCCACUUCUCCCAGAGCGAGUACCUCAUCUACCAGGAGAGCCAGUGUCGCCUGCGCUACCUGCUGGAGAUCCACCUCUGAGCUGCCCACCCUGCACCCAGGGGCCGGCCAGGGGCUGGCCCGGGGUCUGCAGUCUCCCUGUCCAUCUCUGGUGCCCGCACACCACUUCCGUAUUUUCCCAAGGAUACGAUACGUCACGCACAGAACGCCACCCCGGCCUCACACAGGAUACCGCCCGCCUGGCGACCUCCAGCCAUCUCCACUUGUGUAGACCACUCUGAGAUGCCCCGCGCGGUGCCUUUGUCAGGAUGUGCCGCCGUCCGUGGGCGGUGCGUGCCUGUGCGGGUGUGGAGCCAUUCACGCGGUCACCAGGCUGUGCCGCCGCUCCUGCGUUCCUCCUAACUGAAAGCUUCUAUCCUCCGCCCUGCAUCUGCCCAUCCCUCCCCCCACUGUGACCCCCCACCCCGCAUCUUCC